GAUGAGAGAGCGGCCCUAAUGCGGCAUCUCAUUACAACCUCUGUCAGGAUCCCUCUAUUCUACCAUCAGCUUCCCUUAACUUGGUAAGAGCCCAACUGUCGUUUCGAGUGAGUGUGCCGCCAAGGAGGCAUUUACAAAUAAAUGAAAAAUGUCACAUUUGAUUUCACUCCUCUCGGACUGCAGCGCCUCAGCUUUGUCACAAACUGUCUUUGUUGUUCUGGUCUCUCGCAGGUCCCGCUCCCGGUCGCCGUGGAUAGGUUCUGGCAGGUUCAGGCCCUCUGCGUCUCUCCCAGGGUGGAGAAGAUUUGUCACCAGCAACCCAACAGGAAGCCAUUUGAAACGCCAGAUCCACUCCAGCACAUUAGCCGUCACAUCAUGGCAUACAGGAAGGUGUGUGAUGCCCAGGGGGGCCCAAUGGUCGGUGAGGUUCUGCACUGCUCUGGAGGUCUGGAUCUUGACUGGGACCUGGACAAGGAGGAGCUACAGGAACCGGGACCCAGCCUGGACCGCAUGCAGAUGCAACAUGUAGACUGCCAGAGAUCAGGGUGUUCAGAUCCUGGACCUGACCCUGACCCUGAGCUGAUGGAACCCAUCCAGCCAUCUGUCUCAGUUUCACCACAUGGACGAUUUGAACGACUCCAGGAAGAUCCCAACUACAUCUCCCACUUCACCAGGACUCCGGGCAAUAAAGGCCAACGACGACUCCACUGCUUUCUGCUCAGGUACUUCCUGGCAGGGUUGGGUAUUUUUGUCCUGGGUCUUCUGAUUGGCUGGUUCACUCACACACCUACCAUCAAACCACCUGUUCCUCCGUCUGAUAGCUCAGACCUGCUGGAGGAGCUGCUUAGAGGAAUCACAGCUGACAAGAUAGAUGCUCUUCAGAGGUCUUUCUCCAGCCUAUCAGAUGACAGUGAGGAAGCCAGAGCCAGGUACCUCUACAGUCAGUGGGUGGGACUCGGUUUGAUUGAUGUCCAUCUGUCCAAUCAUACAGUUCUGCUCAGCCUGCCUGGUUCCACACCCAACACCAUCACUGACAGGUCUAGUCACGAGUGUUUCCUGCCAAAUGGGAUCCCCUGUGACCAGCGUGGAUCAAAUGACCUGCCGAAGAAGCAGUUCUCCUACGCAGCCUACUCUGCUGUUGGAAGUCUGCAGGGGGAGGUGGUGGAUGUCCAGUACGGCAGUGUGGAUAACCUGAGGAAAGCCAAAGAUAGCCUGAACCUCACCAACCAGAUUGCUGUGGUCAAGCUUGGCCAAGCACCUUUGCUGUACAAGCUAUCCCUACUGUCUGAGCUGGGUUUUGGAGGUGCUCUGCUUUACAUUGAUCCAUGUGACGCUCCCCCUGGCCGCCACACCUGGCAUCAAGCCUUCAGAGUCACCCUCAACCCUGGAGGAAACCCUGCCAUUGCUGAGUUGUCAAGAGAAACUGGAGGAAGUCUGACAUCUCUGUUGGUUCAGCCCAUCUCUGCCUUCCUGGCAAAGACGUUACUGUCCUCUCCAUCCACAGGGCAGGGAGACUCCUGUAUUCCUCUAGCAAUGCCUCCCAACGCAGAACGAAAGAAGAUUACUCUGACUGUUGGAAACCAGCUGUCCAACAAGAAAAUCUACAAUGUUGUGGGAUACCUGAAAGGAAGGAGGAACCCAGAUCGCUAUGUGCUGGUUGGCAGUCGCCAUGACAGCGACCAGGGAGGUGGGUCUUCAGCCAUUAUGAAUCAGCUCAUUGCGGCGCUGACAGAGCAGACCAAACAAGGAUGGGUGCCAGACCGUACCACUGUGUUUUGCUCGUGGGGAGGCUCAGCCCUAGGGAACAUCGGGUCCUAUGAGUGGGGAAAGGAUAACAGUGUUGUCCUGAAGAGCAGUGCAGUGGCCUACGUCAGCCUGAACUCUCCAGUUAGAGGGACAGAGACUCUCAGAGCUACAGCUUCUCCAACGCUACUGCAACUCACUUCAGAUAUACAGAGAAGACAGUUGCUAAGUUGCAUUCGUGGUGGGAACUGCCCUGGACCCAAUGUCAGCUCGCUGCAGUUGCCUGGAGAUGUGAAUUUCUUUGCCAACCAACUGGCUGUGCCCACCAUGGAGUUUGCCUUCGAGCAGACCAAAGCAGAAGAGGCCACCAGUUUCCUGUCAGAGAGCCAAUUUUCUGCUGAGUCACCAGAGACUCUGGAUCCACUUUUCAAAUUCCAUGAGACCAUUGCUAAGAUGACAGCAGAAGCCAUUCUCCGCUUGGUCAAUGAUCCUGUGUUGCCAUUCUACCCUCUGGACAUUGCCCUGGAUGUUCAAAACAAACUCAAAGACAAGAGCGUGGUAUCUCAGCCCCUGCUGUCCUCAGCCUCCUCUCUAAGGGACCACGCAGCUUUCUUCCAGUCAGAAACUAUGCGGCCGGCAAAUGACCCUAAAGAGCGCGACCCCUCCCACGUGCGAAUGCUGAAUGAUGUACUCCGUGACCUGGAGAAGAGCUUCAUCAUCCCACAGACACCGCCUGGAGUGUUCAGGAACCUCUUAUACAGCCUUCCAGGGAAGACUCCUCAGUUUUCCAUCCUCAGGUUCUCACAGGAAGCUGUCCUGCACUGCAACAUCACCAGCAAAGCUGUCAAACACAACUCUGCAGACAAGGAAGUACUUUGCCACAGCACCAUGAACCAGUCUCUGUCUCUCAUCCUUAGGGCCAUCCAGUCAGCUGAGAGGCUGGUGUGUUUUGGCUUGGACUUGUUUGAAAAUUACCCAAAUGACACGAUAUGAUCUUUGCUGACACAGACCCACCAGUGAGCUUGGAUGCACUCAAGAGCAAAAACUGCCACUGAUCAAGUCAAUAAAGUAUAGAUACAUUGCAAAUAUUAAAACACAAUUGACCCUUCCGACUGACCUCAUCCAAAACCUCAUCUUACUCAGUCCAGGAAAAAAUGAGAAUCAGAGGGAAUCCACACACUGACACUGCUCACAGAAAAGAGAUUGAAAUAGUGUCAUUCAUUCUCAUGAUUCCACACUUCCACAAUAACCAAUACUGAAUUAAUGGCAACAACAUGCCGUCCAGAAUAUAGUGAGAAGUUUUAGACAUUUUUUUUAAUGAUCUUCAUAUCAAGGGUUGUAAAAAGUCUUUUUUCUGAUUGAUGAAUGUAUUGAAACUAACUUGUUGCACACUAGCUCUCAGAUAUGCAAAUAAUAUUGACACAAUGGGGUCGUUUAAAUUGCACUAUACACGCUUCCAAUGAAAGCAGACGUAUAGUAAUUUUUAGAUUAUUACUUUUCCUUCAGCUGACACUUCCUCUGUUGUCUAGAAAACUUUCCUGGAUGCGGUGGCUGUGGUAGAGGUAGAGUGGGUCGCCCACUAAUCGGUUCGAUCCCCAGCUUCCCCCAGCCCACAUGUCAAAGUGUUCUUGGGCAAGAUACUGAACCCCAAAUUACUCCAGAAGGCUGUGCCAUCGGUGUGUGAAUGAUUAGUUUCUUUCUGAUGAGCAGUUGGCAGCUUGCAUAGUAGCCUCUGCCAUCAGUGUAUGAAUGUGUGUAAAUGGGGUGAAUGACAUGUAGUGUAAAGAGCUUUGAGUGGUCGGAAGACUAGAAAGGCGCUAUACAAGUACAGACCAUUUACCAUUUCCCAUUUACAAAUCCCAACCCAGGAGAUUUUGAGAAAACUAAAGCACCAGUUCAAAAAGUAUUACCUGAAAAAUUAGAUUCAAAUUUGUUAUACUAAGAAAAAUGUUAAACUAUUUUGAGUUUUGUCAGGUCUAGCCAUGUUAGAGAAAGAAAGUGUUUAACAUGUUUUUACAAGUUAGUUGCACACACUGGGAGACAGGGAUAAGCUGAAAAAAAAAGGCCAAUGUCAAUUUGUGACGGUACCUGUUUUCAUAGUUUUGUUUGCCCAUAAAGAGAAUUUUUGGUAUUUUAUAACUGGGUCUUAUUCUUGUAAUUGUGGGCAUUCUGACUAAUGGGUCAUGCAAACUUUGCACUCACCACCAACAUUGUAGAGAUACGGGAAACACAGUUCUGGAAAAGCAAGGUAUAUCUGGGCAAGCAGCUUCCAAAAACUUUCCAAAUAAAACUUUCUAUGUAGUACAGCCGAACCUAAUGCUAGCUGGCUAACCAAACAGCUAGCUUGGGAAGCCAGCAAGUUGCCCUAAGUAGAUCCCUAUGCAGUUAGCUACAACUGCUACAAUUGCUAGUUACAUUUUACAUGAUUUAUGUAAAAUGUAACUUUAUUUGGAAACCUUAAGAAGGCUUACGCAGCUCCGAUAUAUGUUGUUUUACUCGAGUCAUGUUUCCUGAAUCUCUACAAUGGAGGCGAGGAGUGCAAAGUUUGCAUCAGAAUGGCCAAAGUUAUGGGACUAUCAGAAUCAGAAUCAGAAUCAAAAAUACUUCAUUGAUCCCCGAGGAGAAACUCUUUUGUUACAGCAGCUCACUAUCACGUCAGUGCACACAG